ACUAGUACAAGUAGUUUGUUUAUAAGUGGCAACAACAUUCAAUAAAUUUGCCAUAACUCCUUCCCCAUUUCAUUGAAACAAAAACAUUGACUUUCCAAUAGUAUACUCUAAUUGAAAGUCAUGGCUGAGGUAGGAAGAGUGCAAUCCAUGGCAUCAAACACAAUAUCCGAAGACACCAUCCCAUCAAAUUUCAUAUGGCCAGAAACAGAUCAACCUGCUAUCACAACCAUCCAAGAUAAUAAUUUCGAAAUCCCGGUGAUCGAGCUCAACGAUACAGAUGAAGAUAGGCUAGUCAAGUUGAUUGCAAAAGCAAGUAGCGAAACCGGUUUAUUUCAAAUCAUAAACCAUGCAAUACCAAGUGAAGUUAUUGAGAAAUUGCAGAAAGUUGGGAAGGAGUUUUUUGAGCUGCCACAACAAGAGAAGGAGAAGUAUGGGAAACUUCCUGGGUCAAUUGAAGGAUAUGGGACUAGCCUUCAGAAAGAAGAUGAAGGAAAAACAGGGGUGAAAAAACAGGGUUGGGUUGAUCAUAUUUUUCAUAGGAUUUGGCCUCAAUCUGCUAUUAACCUCAGAUUUUGGCCCAAGAUUCCUGCAUCUUAUCAGGAAGCCAAUGAAGAGUAUGCUAAGUAUUUGAGAGUUGUAGGAGACAAGCUCUUCAAAUGUCUCUCACUAGGACUAGGACUUGAAGGCCAUGAACUAAAAGAAGGUUUAGGAGGUGAUAAGUUAGAGUACUUGAUGAAGAUCAAUUACUACCCUCCUUGUCCUCGUCCUGAUCUAGCCCUUGGUGUUCCGGCUCACACGGACAUGAGCGCCAUCACAUUGCUCAUCCCUAACGGUGUUCCGGGCCUUCAAGUUCGUAGGGAUGGUGGUUGGUGUGACGUGAAAUAUAUUCCUAAUGCUAUAAUUAUCCAUAUUGGUGAUCAGAUCGAGAUCAUGAGCAAUGGAAAAUACAAGGCUGUUUUGCAUAGAACAACCGUGACCAAAGACAGAACUAGAAUGUCAUGGCCAGUGUUCUUGGAGCCGCCGUUGGAGCAUACCGUCGGACCGAUUCCUAAGCUCGUCAAUGACGAAAAUCCGGCCAAAUAUAAGACUAAGAAGUAUCGAGACUACACUUAUUGCAAGUUCAAUAAUAAACCACAGUAGUAAAUUAAACCAAGCAAUGUUAUUAGUCCAUGAAUAAUUGUGCACUUUGUAGCACAAGGGAUGUAGCUAUGCAACUUUGUAUUCUAGUUUAAUCUAUUGAAGGUCAAUGUAUGUUGUAUUUUCUCUUUUAGAAUAAGUGUUACAGCUGAACAAUUUACAAGUUA